UUCAAUCCUCAUUUUAUGAAUAUCCCAAAUUGUGGACACCUAAUCGAAGACGACUGAAGAAGACUGCUGUGCCUUCGCGGAGCUUGCCCAUAAGAACACAUGAAAAAGAAGACCUGGCAAGGAUUCAGGAAGCAGCAGCGCGAGAUGCCCGUGCCUCUGCUAGACAUAAGCAUGGAUCAGCUUCUCAAGUAACAUGUUGGGAGCCUGCUCAACCUGUGCAUGUGUCACCUUGUGAAGAGAACCCCCGAUGAAGCCCUUUGUGAUGUACAAGAGCAGGGCCAGGAAACUGCAUCACAUCCAUGUGCUUUUCGCAGUGCAUGAAGGAUGUACCAGACAUCCCGUGCACACAAGACAAAAGCAUCCAGGUCGAUGUAGACUCCAUUAUAGGGAAGCAGUUCAGGCUUGUAGAUAUGCUAACAUCAGAUAAUACUGUGCUUACUUUUACUCGUGUGUCAUCAAUGACUUUGCUUGUAGCCAUUAGUAAUGAACUGAACAGGAUUGAAGACGCAGUAGCUGAAAUGUCUACUCUUGAACGAGUCAUUCUCGUACUUGUGCGAUUGAAAACUUGCUUGCCCUUUGUGUGUAUGGCACCACUAUUUUCUGUGAGCGGCACAACCAUCUCUCGCCACUUCUGCAGCACACUGUGUAACCUUGCAGCGGUACUAAAAUGUGCAAUUCCAUGGCCAAACAAACAAGAAAUUGCAAGCAAUCUGCCCCAAUGCUUUGAGGAAUAUAAAAAGGUACGUGUUGUGCUAGACUGCACAGAGGUUGCAGUAGAAAAAUCGCACUGUGCUUCUUGUAGAAUUUUAACAUACUCUCAUUACGAAGGUACACACACAGCAAAGCUUCUUGUUAACGUCUCACCUGCUGGCUUAAUUACUUUUGUGAGCUGCGGUUUCGGAGGCCAAGCGUCGGUUAGGACUUGCGUAGAGAAAUCGGGAGUUCUAGAAAAACUCGACAGUUUUGAAGAUGAUGUCAUGGUUGACAAAGGUUUCAACUUGGGCUCGCUAUGCGAAAACCUUGGGCUGGGGGUUGUGCAGCCUCUGUUUCUUCGUGGACAGCUGCAGUUCACGGCGAAAGACUCGAAAAAGACUCUAAAAAUAGCCAGGGCACGUGUGCACGUCGAGUGUGCAAUCCAGAGGAUGAAAGUUUUUAAAGUUCUGAAAGAACCUGCACCUUGGGUAGUUGUCGGUGCCCUUGAUGAAAUAUUUAUUGUGAUUGGUGGAAUUGUAAAUCUCUCCUCCCCUAUUCUCUCUGAGAAAAGGUUCGAGUGGUAUUAUGAAGCUUGUGUUCGCAAUGAAAUCUAGUAGAACUUAUUGUGCAGGUAGUCAGCAACUGAGGUCAAUGAAGAAGCUAAUUAAGCUGAGCACCACAACAUGAGAGAUAACACACCAUUGUGCUAUGUAAAGACUAUUGAGUUAACGGACCAACACACAGGGUCCCUUGGGCAAUCACCUAAGAAGACUUGAAAACGAAAGCCAUCUUCUUUUUCUUCUAUGUCGAUGCACAGUUGUACCCCCCCUCCCCCACCCAGGACACGUAUGUUUGUGAAGAGAGUUAUUUUAACUGCAUUUCCGAGCUGAGGAAGUUAUUUUCGAUGUACUCCUAAGCAUAUGCAUAGCUGUGUGGUAGAACACCUGCUAGCCACGCAUAUGGCCUGAGCUCAAUCCUCACUCGGACCCGAAAAUUCAUUACUUAUUUUAUUUCCAUAUGUCUCGAUUUUUCAAUCAUGGACAAGAUGAUUGUUCACUCACAACCAACGAUCCCGACGCCAGAAUUUCUGUGAAACGAGCUCUUUAAUGCUACCUCAUUAUUAUUCACAAAUCCAUUGAUGCUUCCGACUGCUUACACCACGGCUGUGUAUAGAGCACAUGACGAGUGACAAUACACAUAUAUUAAGGGCAGAGGGUUGGCCCAUAUCUCCCAUGUAUUCUAAGGCUUCAGUAGCAUGCAUUUUUUCUUUACUGCAUGUAAAGUGUUUGGGUUUGUUUCAUUUUGUGCAUUAGCAUGUUCUUGCAGUGGAACUAAAUGAUAAUAAUCUAUUCACUGUUGAUAUUUUUCACAUUUGUUUAGCGAAGCAUGUACAUUUCAUUACCUAAUUAUAGUUCGGUAGCUUCGUAUUGAUGUUUGGUUUAUUUGAGGAAGAAAUGAUCUGUCUUAAAUUGGAAGUAUUUCUUAGCGAACUGCAGGCUAUCUGUCUCGCCGCCUAAUUCUGGAUGCUAUCUAUGCCUCAUGAUUGCCUCCUUGACUUGGGGUAGACCAAAUUAGUAUGAAAGGAUAAGAGGGUUUUGAGAAUAUAUGUGGCUGAUCACGAUAUGAAUAACGAGACAAUCAUGUCACGUACAUCGUCUAAACCUUUCUUUAAGACACGUGUGGCCCAUGCCUGUUAUCAUGGGUCACGGUAGACAGGUAAUGCGAGAAAGGUGAUUGACAAUUUUUACUUACCUAGGAAUGGCGAGAACAAACAUUGGUGAUUCUUUGGGGCAUUCAAACAUUCUAUCAUAGUACCACACCAGGUCUCGAAAGUUUUGGAAAAAGGCCCUGUGUAGCCAUAAUGCCAGUGCAGUGUCAAUUGUGGUGCUUGCUACCUAAUUAUAUAAACCUAAAUAUUACCUAUGUACUCAAUAAUACAGGCGUCAUGUCGAGUUAACAUCAUUUGGAGUUAGGCGCCAUCCUCCAAAGUUAGUUUAGGUUGCACUAGCCAGGACUACUGUCCUCACAAGCAUAAGGGAUACAUAUCAGUUAACCACUUCUGAUGUUGGUAAUAUCCAUGUUGCUGUUGGAAUUGUUACGGAACUCUUAACAACUGGUUAUAUAAAACACAUGUGACUGUGUGUGCGUACAACAUUUGUGCAUAUAUUUAGCAUCAUUUUGUAAUGUUUUACUGAAUGAAUCAAUUACAGCGCAGUCACUUCCCUUGCGCAUGUUUCGUAUAACAUAAGAUUCUCAUGGUAUGUCGGAUCUGCCAAAUUUGUUUAGGUUGCUCUGAUAAUUGGUCAAAGGUAACAAAAAAAUAGCUUCGACAUAUAGCGAGCUGAAGUGAAAAAAAAAAGUUCAUUUCUUGUUUUGUUCGAAUAGAUUAUCUGCCAUGAAAUCAUGACAUGAAUCAUCUCUAUUUCCUUGUUCCUGGUUUCCUUUGCUGUAACUUCCGUCUCUAUUAGCCGAAUACUGAUAAUGGCGGUCAAAUGCACCAAAUCAUAUCGCAGCGUUACGCCCAAACGGCCUUGAUAGUGUUUAGUGCGGCCAUGCAGGCCUUUUAAAUAGUCAGAACAGCUUCAAAGAUGGCAGUUUUGGGGUCUUUUCAUUUAAAUAAACAUGAUACAUUGUGUUCUCUAUGUGUUCCAUGGUUCCGUUGCAUUUUGUUCACAUACAAUUACUCGAAAUCACAGUUUGUGGAAGCUCCACAUAAAUAAAGGGAGAAUAUCAUUUGUUAGCGCAACAAAAUCGACAAUAGUGCAACUAAACUGAAAAUGAAUGCACAGAACAGCGCCUAAGUGCACGUCCUGGACACACAAGGCAAUAGGCCUAGGUGAAUGCAACACAUGUUGAAUGUUAAGAAAAGCAGCGUCAAGUACCUUUAAGUAGCCAUAAUACUUUUUUGAAAGUAUGUUACGCUAAUAAAAACUACUGGUUCCAAUUUUAAAAACCAUUCACUUGAUUUUUAAGUUAUUGCACACCACUUAGACGGCAAAGACUGAACCACAUGCACACAAGUGCAAACUUUUAACCGAGUUUAUUAGAUGGACACAUGAUGCUUUUGUACAAUCGUGUUUCAUGGUUAGAAAAAAAAAAAUGUUGACAAAGAUUGAUUUACAAAAAUUUAAACAGUACACUGCUGAUAACCACAUACCUAUCGCACAAACCUACAUUACGAAUACAGAUACAUCCUUCUGCGUUAGUCCCACAGAUGGCAUACUGACGCAGCCAUUCCGCAGUCGAAUAAUCUCUGACACCUCAAUGAUUUCGUGCAUCUAAUAACUGUGUAUAGCGACCACCUUGGUUUCAUGGCACUUCGGCUGACAUCCGCAAUCUUGACAAUGCAAGCCUAGGUGUCUUUGUACAGAUUUGUGCACAGUGUUGUUCUGCUCCCGAAGUCAUUCAUUAAGGCACCUUCCCCUCUGGCCUACGCAAUUCUUUCCGCACGAGAGCGGUAUCGCAUCACCACUUUUUUGACACAAUCCACAAACUUGUUCGUGUGGUUAGUUGUGCAAGCAUUUGUUCCCGUCAUAUUUUUUUUUUUGUUACCCUGCAAAGUGAUGAGAACUUACGGGGUGCCAGAAGAACCGCUUACACUCAGACACGGCUUCCAAUCUUUUUCAGGCUAUGGGAAACGUGAAAGUAUGGUAUCACAGUGGCCCUACAAAAGUCUUCGUCAUCUAAGUGGUGCGCAAUAACGUAACAAUGAAUAGAUACUACCGUAACUUGCUCAAGCAAAUACCCUUAUAUUCAUUUGAGCCAGGAACCCCAGGUUGUGCACGCUCCGAGAAAAAAAGGGACUUGGCUGCUCGUCAGUUAGUCUUCAAAAGCCAGGUCGUUCAGCUUAAUCAAAACACACAAAAAUGUGUGGGGAAUUGAAUAUUGUUGAGGAAAGCUCUAUCAUCACAAACAACCAAAAAUUCUAAAUCUGAUUUUAUUAAAUUUACCCUACCCUCAGUCAUUAAAAACUUAACAUGGCAAAGGAGGUAAACGAGACCAAAUGUUACUGAACAGAAAUGCAUAGCCUGCUCAUCCUUAAGCAGGCUCAGCAAGUUUCGGCAAAACAUGCUUGAAAUACACAAAUUGCAGCUUGCGGACAUGUUUGUCGAUGUGGUCAUCAUUUCUAUGCACAGUUAAUAUCAUUGACUCCAGUUCUGAAUACACUAUGAAGUGUGUAACAGCCAAGUUCAAGAGAAACAUGGCAAGCUGCACCUGCGAGAAGUAUGCAUGCCUAGGGUUUACAGUGAAGUUUUCGCCGUUCUUCUUUAUGUAGGCAAGCUUCUUUUGCGUAGCAAGUUAGGAAGCAGUUGAAGCUUUUCCCAGUACAGGGCUCUUGACUUCCAACAAAAUUGCAGAAUUGGAAUUCUUGAAAACACCACCAUCUGGGCUGUAUCCAAGCCAUGGAACCUUGGGGUGAACAAGGAAACCAAUCUUUGAAACGUCGUUUCUGGUUAUGCUACCGUAUUUUUCAAUGGCUAAUUGUUCGCAGUGUUUACCAUAACGAGUAGCGUUAUUUCCCCAGAAGCUUUUGGAGAGCAUUUUGGACACCUUGCUUUCCCAAGAUGUUGGAUAUUUUGUUGCUUUCCCAAGAUGUUGGAUGUAAAAUAAGCGUGACAUAUACUCCCUGUUAUCCUCACUUUUCGAGCUCCUCGCCACUUUGUGUUGUCCUUAUGCCUUGUCUCAGUGCACAUUAGAAGUGCCUCCUCUUCAGUGAGUUCAAUGUGUGUGUUGUAGAAUUGAAGCUCAUUUUUCGCAAGGUCAUUUUUGGAAAACUUAUAAAUUCUCAUAGCUGUUGCAUCACUGAAUGCCACAUCAUGGAACGUUAACUCACUGUAUUGUUCCAUUUCAUUCUUCAUGAUGUGCUUGAUUAAAAUUUGCUCCUGAAUAGUGCUACACUCGCGAACUUGAUUGCUUUCAAUAUGGUGCGUUCUGCUUACUCGCAUAAUAAUAGAUUACUUGGGAUUACUUAAUAGAUUACUUGGGAAGCACGUGUCGAGCAUGUUUUGCAAAGUCGCACGUAAAGGUUUACUGCUUAGUAACCUGUGAUGUUGGCUCACUUUCUGAGACGUGCCUAUUACACAGUUAUCUUGAACAUUUUGUUGUGCACUUCAAUGUUCCCGGUCAUGAGAAUUUAUUUUGCUCUGUAAAAAUGAGUCUUUAGCAGUGAUUCUGGCAUAAACUAAACAGCAUGAAGAGACCAUAGUGAACCAUAAAAUUACUUUUUCACUCAUUUGUAACUUUAGCUACUUAUACAAAAUAUUUAUGUGCAGUCAGUCUUGAGCUACUUGAUUGAGGAGAGGCAAAUUGAAAAAAAAUGCUGAGAAAGGUUUUCGAACAAAUAUUUUUGGUAGUGUAGCUUCUGGUACUACCAUCAGAGUUCACGAACAAUUUCUGUUGAGACAGUAGCCCCAUUGAAUCAUACUAGAGGCACCAGAAGCAUCAGUGCAUUUGAAUGCUGGCUGCUGCAACAUUAAAAGCCAUAAGCCGAAAGUGGCUAAGGCAAAAUUAGAACCACCUGUAAUGUUUGUUUGUUUCUGAGUUUUGGACACCAUGGAUUCGAAUAGUGUGUAUGCUAUGCCUGAGAGUGUGAGGAGGCCAGUUGCUGUAAGAGGCAAUGCUUGUGAUAGCGGCAGAUCAGUAUCAUUAUUUGAUAGUGAGUGCAAAUUUUGCAUGACUUUUUGUAACCUGUUUGAUUAUGACCAUGUGACUACGUGCACUUGCAAAUGUCUGUAUCAUGAAUAUAUAUUGUAGGGCGAUGGUAAAUAAAAGCUGAAAGUUGGUGCCUGUUCGUGUUCAUUCUUUCCAUGUCCCUGCCGAGUUUAUAAGCACAUACCAGUUUUACCUUCAAGUGUGAACCAAAGCGCCCAGCUACAAGUUUCAUCACUGUAGAAAACAUUGAUGGAAGUUUAGAUCACGUUGUUUUGCUAUCUGUAUGCUUGGCUGGUGUUUUAUACAAUUGAAUAAAAUGAGAAAACUGC